UCAUAGGAUUAACCUAUGAGUUCAGGUUUGUCCUUGACUGGGAUGAAUGUGAGCUAGCAAUCCGUCCUCCCUUCAUGAAGAGCCGACCUUUUAGUCACAGGAAAGCUAUAAAAUACUACAACAUGGCUGCAGAAGAGAACUCUAUUGAGGCAAGUGCUGGUAUUGUAAGGGCUCUUGGUACACAGAUUGAUAAUGGAAGAGCCAUGAUAGAUCAUCUUUACAAAUCUUCUAAGUUCAAGUUAUCUAAAGAACUUCUAAGCAGUAAUAGUUUCUCUGAGCUGCGUAUUACCCAAGAUGAGAUCAAGAAGAAAUGUCAGGAAGGAGAAGUACUCUCCGUGAAUGGUAUAUCAGGAGUAAUGUUGUUUAGAUUGAAUCUUGUUAACUCUACAUCCUCUGUAAUUGAUAUAGCAUCACUACCAACAUUCAUUGUGGAGACUCUUUCUAUGAUAAAGGCAUGUAAACAAUGUUUAUUACUUUGUUACUCCUAUAAUCUACUGAUUGGGGUUCAAGAUUUUCCAAGAUCUGUUCACAACACUAUCUUUGUGCAGAAGUCUAAUGAUGGAGAGAAUAAGACCAAAUUAGGGAUUGAUCCUGGAGUAAGGAUGGAUGCUAAGGCUGUAUUUGAUCAAGGAUAUUUACAGAGACUGUACCAUGAUCAGCCAAUGUAUCACUGUGAGCAUGGUGUUAUGAGUAUUGGGAACACCUGCACUCAAUGUGCUCAGCUGGCUCUGGAAAGAAUUCUGAGUGUUUAUGAGAACAGUUUUCUCUUCAGUAAAGAUGAAUCAACUAAAGGUUUAGUCUACAGUGUUAUCUUUACCCUGGAGUCAGGAUUGAAGAAACAAGACUACUUCUGGAAUUAUGGAAAAUAUGAGAUCAUAACUGCUAUCCGUGUCAUGGCUCUUCAGCCCCUGGAUCUACAUCCUCUACAGCUUGCUAAGGAUCCUGGCAUAUACUGGCCAAUUGUUCACUACUAUGGGUCUGUGUACUCUGCGUUGAAGGAAAUCCUGGAUGGAAAGAUGGUUGACAGUAUCUAUGAGAACAUCCCGGAGUUUACUCCUGUGCCAGAGAGAAUUAAUAUAGUUGAUGAGGAACAGUUUUUGAUCAAAUGUCGACACAACUCCUGUGUUCAUCUUGACUGGGAGUUUAAGUUCAAGCAGUGCUCUAAGUGUAACCUGAGACGAUACUGUAGUCCAAGCUGUCAGAAGCUUGACUGGAAAGUACACAAGAAGCAAUGCUUUCUCCGUCCUGGAAUGGAGAAUACGGAUGAUGAGGUGGAUUAGGAGUUAUAAAGAACAGACCUGUUAUACCAGGUACCUUGAGUUCCUGGAUCCUCCUUACUCUGAAUUUAUGGAAUUAUCUCAGUAUCCAGAUAUUGUUCUUUGAAAAUUAUCCAAUUGUUUAAAUCCUCUAUAUUUCUAGUUAUUUGUUUAUCAUAGUUUUUCUUGUAAGUUUGAUAAUAAUAUUCAAGAAAUCUA